UGUAGGUCAGAGAGCUCAAACUUCCAUUGCAGAUAUCGUAGAACAUGUCGGCACAAACAUGGUAUUCUGGGACACUGGGAUAAACGGAUCAGCUCCUUGUACAGCUACACUCGUUCAAGUUUACAGCAGUUUAAAACACCGUGAACCGCGCCAGGCAACCAACACCGGAAAUGAGUGAUCAAGCGUUGCACAUGCUCGUGGGCAAGACCACAUCAAAGGAAGCCGACAAACAGUCCGUGCCGGGAAGAUUUGAAAUCAUACACAGACAGCUGACUACGGCACAGGCACGACUGGUUGGCGCAAAGACGGACGAUGAGGACACACCUAGUCCUCUUCCCCAGGAGUUUCAGCAGCACACGUCUUCAUUUGGCCCCAUACGGGCCCCAGUUACCAAGCAAGGUUGGGCGAAGAAGGGACCCAGGGAGCGACGGGUUUUCGAACGAUUUAUUUAUUGUCUUCCGGAUAUCCUUUCUUUUGUCCCUUCCUUCACAUCUACCGUUGAACGCGAUCUGCACCUUAAAAGAGAGUACCAGUCCAUGGGUUACGGGUACCCUUUACGUGACUACAACAACGGCUACCCUCGCCCCACCUGCAUCUUCAUCAACCAGACGGCGGAGGAGUUCCGGGAGUUCCUGGUGGAGCUCUACCCGAACCUAGUGGGCAGGGACCUUCAGGUGUACAGGAUGGACAGACAGAAGAAGCUCCUGAAGGUCGUGUCGGGGACUCCCCGGGAGCUCAAGGACAUCAAUUACAAAGGCAUCAUCGUCAUCAUUCCCAGCAGUGUACAUGGCGAUAGACAAGAGGUCCCUGUGACCAGCACGAGCAGCACGAGAGAUGACGUCAGUCCACACGUCAACCCGCUGCACGUGCUGUCUGUCAAGCACCUGAAGUACAGCACCCUGUCUCAGAGCCACCCUCACGUUGAUGUGACGUCACAAGCCUCACAGACUUCAUGUCAGGUGAAGGAAGAACCCAUGGAGCCAACCGUGCCAGCAGUAUCCGAGGAUGGAACUUCAGACGCCUCUGGUGACGUCAGCAAGAUACUGUCCCUGGCUCUCCUGGAGAGGCUGAGCCUGGGAGCUGCUCGCACCUUGCUCAUCUCGCGUGACACGUUCGUGGAUGACGUCAUCAAGUUCUACAAGGACGACCCAACCGUCGUGGCCUGUGAUCUACUGGUGCUUGUUCAAAAUAGUAGAAAUGGCGACCUUGAAGAGAUGGGUACCAACAGAAUAUUCACUGAGUUUUGGAGAAAGGCUUACAAGUAUUGGUUUGUUGGGAAUGAAGAACUUGUACCUAAACUGUCGCCAUUGGCGAGGCGAGAAUUGUUUAUUAUCCUCGGGAGAAUACUUGCUCAUGGUUUGAUUCUGUUGAACUAUUGGCCAUUGAAGUUGUCCAGGGUUUGCACACGUGUGGUGUUGACAGACCAGGAAGCUUCAGAUAAACUAAUGAUGGCUUCAUUCAGAUGCAUACUGUCGGAAAGUGAAAGGGCGGUCAUUAAGGACCUGGAAGAUCAGGUUGAGAGGUGUGAUGGGUAUGACUCGCCAGCAACUAUGGCACAAGCUGCUAUAGCCUUAGCACCUUAUGGAUGCACCCAACUUCCUUCAGCAGACAGUCUUAGAACUUUCCUUACUGAGAUGGCUAUCCAGUACUGUUAUUGUCGACCAUAUUGGCCGCUGACACAGAUGAGCGGAUCAUUCAAGAACUCCUCAAACUCUACUUUCAGGACAGUUACAGAAUCAGACAUUACCGAUUUAUACAAUGUUCUUCAGCCAACAGCUACAUCAGUAACAAAGAAAAUCUCUUACUCCUACUCGGACAGCGUCAGAGACAAAAGUUUUGAGAAAUCUGUGAGCGCCUUUUUGGAAAAGGUUUUGUUGAAGCUUGGCAAAGACCAGCUGAGGCGUCUUCUUCUCUUAUGGUCAAGUACUGAAUGUCUGAAUAUGAAGGUUCUUCACGUAACGUUCUCGGAGUCAGCUCAAGUAUCUGCACCUGUGUUUGAUGGGUUUGCUAACCUGUUGUGCCUCAGCCGGUACUUCCCUUCUGCUGAGGUGUUACAGGACCACCUGGAGACGAGCUUGGAGGAAAGUGUUGCUUUCAGGCUGUGAUUGUAACUCAGGGGCAUCCCACGGACGGCAAGUGUUCGUUUGGGAUCAGGGAAUAAUACGUUAUACGAGGCAUCUUAACAUCAGCUUUGGAGUGUCAUGUUCUCUCAACUGUCGCCUUUAAGACUGCUUUUUAACUUUUGGGUCGUUAUUUUCUUCAGUACAGAGUGCUAAUGGUACUACGAAUCACCAGAAUCAUGAGAUUUACACCCUUGACAUACAAUUAAAUUACUUAUCACAUACCUGGGUGUGAUACUGAUACAAAGUCAGAAUAUAAACACCAAAUUGUGUUCUCUUAAUAUGUAAUAAAGAUACAAUGGAGGUCACUGCACGGGAUACCACCAUCAGGAUUGGCAUGCACAUCUUCCCGAGGCAAGGGAGGUAACUACUAUAUAAGUCCAGUUUCCUCCCUUGCCAAACUAGGCUUGAAUUUUGUUGCUUGAUUAAGAGUUACGCCCCUUUUAUGUCCCUGCUCUAAUCAGAUUCCACCUCUUAUAUCACUUGCAUUUGAUUCAAACAAAAUGUCAGAGCCCACCCAAGAGGAUCUGAUCAAGUUAACCGACACCCAAUGCAUGUGGAUUGUAGCAGAAGACUUGAACACCUUCAUUAAACACAU